GUUUCCUGUGCAUAGAAUUUUGUUUUCAAUUUUGAACUCAAAUUCUAAGUUCUUGUUUAAGAAAGAUUUACCUGUGAAGACCUGCCUAUUGCGAGACUUGCAGAAUCGCACUCUGUUUAUGAUCCCUGAUCUGUUGAAAGACUAAGGACUUGUUAAACUUGCCUGCAUACUCGUCUCCCAUAACUGAGUUCUUCUCCAUUUUCUGUGUUUGUGUCGUUACACAAAUAAAGUGUCUUUAGUCUUUCUUGUUAUUUUUAAGUUAAUUUGAUUGCAUUUUUUUUUUUUUUUACCUGAGGAAAUCCUGACUUGUUUCAACACACACAUUAUCAGAAACUCCACCCUCUUAGAACACUUACCAGGAAGAGACGGACUUGUUUUUUCUUCUUUCUGUCAUGCAGACUUUUUUUCUUUCUUGACAAAAGCAAAAAAUUAUCAGCGAUCAGUGGAGAACGAAGACAAACACUUUCAAGGAGGAUUUUUAAGAAGUUUGUUUCUUAACAGACAGCUGAUGUUUGUGAUUCUCGUGGAUAUUCAUUUUUUAAAACCAUCGUUUAGAAAGUGAAAGUAAAGUUUAUAUUGCUGGAGUUCAAACAGUAGAAAUGGCUUCCCUAUCUGAAGAUGAUUUGUCUUGUCCUCUGUGUCGUGAAAUCUUCAAGGAUCCUGUUGUUUUAUCAUGUAGUCACAGUUACUGUAAAGAGUGUCUUCAACAGUGCUGGAGGACCAGUGAAACUCAGGAGUGUCCUGUCUGCAGGAGGAGAUCCUCAAACGAUCUUCCUCCAUGUAACUUUGCGUUAAAAAACUUGUGUGAGUCGUUCCUGAAGGAGAGAAAUAAGAAGCGUUCAUCAGAAUCUGAGGAGAUCUGCAGUUUACACAGUAAGAAACUCAAACUCUUCUGUCUGGAGGACAAACAGCCUGCAUGUUCAGUGUGCAGAGAUUCACAAGAACACAACAAACACACAUUCAGACCCAUCAGUGAAGUUGUUCCAUCACACAAGGAGGAGCUCAAUGCAGCUCUGAAGUCCUUACAAGAGAAACUUAAACACAAUGAAAACAUUAAAGGAGAGUUUGAGAAAACAGUUCAACACAUCAAGUCUCAAGCUGAUCACACAGAGCGUCAGAUUAAACAGCAGUUUGAGAAGCUUCAUCAGUUUCUCAGAGAUGAAGAAGAAGCUACAAUCACUGCACUGAGGGAGGAAGAGGAGCAGAAGAACCAAAUGAUGCAGGAGAAGCUGGAGGAGAUGAACAGACACAUCUCAGCUCUUUCACACACAAUCAAAGACAUGGAGGAGAUGAUGCAAGCAAAUGACGUCUGCUUUCUGAAGGAGUUUCCAGUCUCAAUGGAAAGAGUCCAGAUCUCACAGCCGGAUCCACAGAUGGCUUCUGGAGCUUUGAUUCAUGUGUCACGUUACUUGGGAAACCUGCAGUUCAGAGUCUGGAAGAAGAUGCAGGACAUCGUCCAAAACACUCCUGUGAUUCUGGAUCCAAACACGGCUCAUCCACAUCUCAUCCUGUCUGAUGAUCUGACCAGUGUGUGGAGCAGUGAGAACAAACAACCUCUUCCUGAUAAUCCAGAGAGAUUUGACGAACAUUCCUGUGUUCUGGGUUCAGAGGGAUUUAACUCAGGAACACACUGCUGGGAUGUGGAGGUUAAAGAGAGUGAACAUUGGAGUCUUGGAGUAACUACAGCAUCAAACCAGAGGAAGGGAGAUGAUUUCUUUACCACUGGUGUCUGGAGUGUGCGGUAUGAUCAGUACGGACGGUCUGAACCGUAUAGUACUUCUGUUAAACAGAAGCUUGAUCGUGUGAGAGUUGAUCUGGACUAUGACAGAGGAACGGUGUCAUUCUCUGAUCCUGUAACUAACAAACAUCUACACACAUUCACAACCACCUUCUCAGACACACUCUUUCCAUUCUUUCGUAAUCUUGAUGAAAUAGCCUGUCUGAGGAUUUUACCAGUUAGACUCUAAAAACAGAAAAUCACUGAUACAUAAUCUUAUCUGCUAAUGAAUAAAAUAUACAACCCCAAUUCCAGAAAAGUUGGGACAUUUUGUAAAAUGUAUUCAUGAGUUCACUUUUACAUAUAAUAAAAUACAGUAAGAGUUAUGCGUAUUUGGCGUGCUGUCCAGGGGAUGGGCUCCGAGCUCAGAAUUUUAACCUGAACCCAGAGUACUCCCCCCGGUUGUGGUAGGAAUAGUUAGAACUAGAAGUGAGGAGAUGGGGUGGUGGAGGGAUACUGAUAAACUAUCAAACGAACAGAGGUAAGUCUGCUGUAUAUAUACCUCUUAUCAAUAAUUGAGUUGAUUAACUGAAUGCUCUCCACUUGUGCUAAUUAGGUUAAUUAUCUGAACCUGCUCCUCCUGAACUUUGUUAAUAAAACAUGAUGUAAAAUCAAGAA